UGGAGGACCUACGCGAAAUACUUGAAGAAUUAGGUAUACCUAACGUUCUUGAAAAUUUCGAGAGGGAAAACGUUUCACAAGAAAUGAUAUGUAUGUUAUCGGACGAUGAAUUAAAAAGGUUGGGCAUAGAAACAAUAGGAUUGAGGCAUAAACUGAAACAACUUCUCGAUUUAAGGAAACAUCAACCUUCAACUUCUGUCAUUUCUGAAAGAUCGCGCCUAUUCAGCCCUUAUUCUCGCACUUCAGCAAGUAAACCUGGGAAAAGAUCACGUAAGAAAGAAAAGUUUAUCACGCUGCAUUUUCUCUGCUUGGCACACACAGGACAGAAGAGUGUCCCAAACGGCAACGAAAAAGAAGUUUUGAAUAAAGCAGGACUAGGAAAGAAAAAAAUUCUUUUGAAAAAAUCUGAUGAUGAGAAGGAAUUAGCAGAAACACUUAUUUCGAAAGAAGUAAAUGAAGAUGGUGAUUUUGUCGGCUUUCCAAAAUUAGCAGAUGGGGGUGGUUUUGAAUUACUUCGCAGUACUCAAAACUGCAGAGAUUUAACUUUAAUAAACUGUUCAUGGUCAGCUAAAGAAUUGCAGAAAAAUGUGAACCCACAGGUUACCAUAUACAUUAGACCAAUACAGAAAAAUGUAUCGACUGAAGCUAUCGUUAAUCGUCCUGAAAAAUUGGCAGAAUUGAGCAUUGAAGAAAAAUGUGUGACAUGUGGAAGAAAAUUUUUAGUAAGGGAACUACGAAAACACACAGAAACAUGUGACCAAGCACCCUCAGUUUCUACAGAUGUUGAUACUACCAGUAUAGUGCCAGUAACACAAAUCGUGCAAACUGAUGUACCAGUUGAUGUUAAUGGAAUGAGUUUUUUUCAGGGCCUAUUCGAAAGUAAUGACAUUACCCUUACAGUGGCCCCAACAGUUGAUAUCGAAAGUGUUGCAACCCCAUCGAUAGAGUUUGAAAAUGUUACAACCCCAUCCAUCAAGGAUGAAAGUGUUGCAACCCCUGUGCAUGUUGAAACUGUAACAGGUGUGACAAAUAGAAUAGUUAAUUUUUGCAAAACACAAAAUAUAUUGGACCCUGUUGAAAUUUUGCGUAAAGUUCAAAAUGAAAUGGUGACUGGUAGACCUUUGGAAGUCGUUGACGUUACAAAUAGUUCUGAAGGCGACACAAACUUCAUUUUGGUAGACAGAACUCAUCUUUUGGAGACAUCGUUUGAUGAAAUCAAAGGAAUUGAGGAUCUUAGAAAGACUUUAGAAGUACAGUUUUAUGAUGAGACGGCUGUAGAUUAUGGAGGCCCCAGGAAGGAGUUUUUCAGAUUAGUUUUGCAGGCCAUCAAGGAGAAAUAUUUUGACAGUGGACUGAGAGAAUUACUUCAUGAAGAUUAUGAAGUUGUUGGAAAGACUUUUGCUUUAAGUAUUCUACAAAAUGGCAAAAUCCCAACUUUUUUGGACCCAGAUGUAAUCCAGAAGAUAUUUUCUGAUUCCACAGACAAUCCAUGCAUAACAAGCUUGAGAGGAGGGCUUGAGACAUUGGGACUGUAUACAAUUUGUAUGCAGCUUCCAAGUUUUCUGUACCUUUUCCAAAAACAUUCAUUACCUUUGACAUUUAGGAUGCUCACAUUCCUUCUAAAGCCUCAAUUUUCUCAAGAGGGCAGCAACAACAUUGAAGUUGAAAAGAAGGUCUACGCUGCAUUUGUUCGAUAUCUAAGAGAAGUCGCAAGUGGUCGGAGAGAACACUUGUCCUUAGCAAACGUACUACAGUUUGUGACAGGAGCUGAUGAGGAGCCACUACUGGGGUUCAAAAUCCCACCCACUAUCCAGUUUCCAGAAGUCAUGAACUCAUUCAUUCCAACUGCCAACACAUGCAUCAACUCUCUCCAGCUUCCAAGACCAAAACCAGACUUAAAUGUGAACUUUCCUUUAGAUGAAAAGCUAUUUGAAUUAUAUGAUUAUGCUUUCUUAAACCUCUUUUAUGGACUGCAUUAAGUUUUUAACAAAUUUUUAGUCAUUCUCUAUCACCCAAUCAAGUCUCAAUUUUUUUUAUAAGAAUAUGUAACACAAUUAUACAAGUAUCACCACAUACUUAUUACAAAAAAUUCUACAGUUUGUAUGUAGGGUCCAUGGGUACAGCUUUAGGGGAUUUGUUUCAUAAAACUUGCUGAAUUUAAAAGAAAUUUGUUAUAUCAAUAUAAAAUAAUCUUCAUAUAUACUGAAGAACUAGUAAAGUGCACUGGUCUGGGUCAGGACAGGACUAUUUUUAGUGCAAAGUUUGAUGUAAAUUUACACAAUGUAUCUUAAAAGAUCUUCCUUCAAAAUGUGUAGUAAGAACCUGACCAAUUGAUAUGAAAGCAUUCUUGUAUAAUAAUGCACAUUCAAGUUAGUUCAAAUAUUGGUACCAGGGGAGUUGAUGAGGCCACAAUAGAAUUUCAAAGUUAAAUGUAUAGAAUACCAAAGUUGGCACAAAGCAUCCUUAGGUAAAGGGAAUUCUAAAUUGUUAAAAUAAAGGCCACCUUCCAAGGGGAGAUAAGAAAAGGUAAAAAUAGAGUAGGGUCAUUAAAAAAUCUUCUCAAGAACCACUGGGCCAGAAAAGAUGAAAUUUAUAGAUGAGCUUUAUUAGGUAGUGCAGAUUCUAAAUUGAUAAAAUCAUAGCCCCCGGGGGUUGGAUGGGGCCACAAUAGGGGAUCAAAAUUUUUACAUACAAAUAUAUAGGGAAAAUCUUUAAAAAUCUUCUUCUCAAGAACCACUGAGCCAGAAAAGCUGAUUUUUACAUGAAAGCUUUCUGACAUAGUGCAGAUUCAAGUUUUUCAAAUCAUGGCCCCCGGGGGUAGGAUCGGGCCACAAGGGAGGAUCAAAGUUUUACAUAGAAAUAUAUAGGAAAAAUCGUUAAAAAUCUUCUCAAGAACCAUUGGGCCAAAGAAGUUGACAUUUACAAGGAAGCUUUGUGAUAUAGUGUAGAUUCAAGUUUGCAAAAAUCAUGGCCUCCAGGGGUAGGUUGGAGCCAUAAUGGGGACUAAGGUUUUACAUGCACAUAUAUAUGGAAAGUCUUCAGGUAUGGGUCAAGGUGAUUCAGGUGAGCAAUGUGGCCCAUGGGCCUCUUGUUAACUCAUCUGAGUCGAAGGCUCGAGUGAGCUUUUCUGAUCAAAAUUUGUCAGUUGUCUGUCAACGUCGUCGUAAACUUUUCACAUUUUCCUCUUCUCCUGCAGAACUAUUGGGCUAAUUUCAACCAAACUUGGCACAAAGCACCAUUUGGUAAAGGGGAUUCAAUUUUGUUCAAAUGAAGGGCCAUGCCUCUCUCAAAGGGGAGAUAAUCACAAAAAUGCAAAAAUAGGGUGGGGUCAUUUAAAAAUAGUCUUCUCAAGAACCACUGGCAGGGCAAAAACUGUCCAAAAUCAAUUAAUUUUCAAAAAUCCUUUCUUUACAACUACACAUCUACAUGUAUAUGAAAAGCAGGAACGCCUCCACCAAAAUUAUAAAUUCAUAAUACCCUGGAUAGUAGUUUUUGACUCAAUUUAUUAUCAAUAGCAAUAAAGAUGAUGUUAUUUAAAUGUUUUACACAAAUUUCAUAAUCACAGGGGUAGGGAUUUUGGUUUGAGGGUGGGACCAACAUUAUCAUAAUGAUUAUUGUCUUUACUUCUUAAAUUUUACUGAAACUGUAUAAAAACUAAAUGUAUAAUAAAAAACAGCAGAAAAGUACGCACUAAUUUUGAAUUUCAUAACAAGGGUUGUGACUCGAGGGCUGGUCCAAAAUAGCCGUAUAGUGGGUUGGUAACAAGCCAUCCGAUGCGAUUUUGUAACAAUUUAAUCCGUCAUGUUAUAAUGGGGAAUCGCCCCAUAUGGGUGUACUUCUGUUUUGGGCAGUAUGUGGUUGUCUAUAUUGUAGCAGGUCGAAGAUUGUUUUUCCUUUACAUUUAACAUGUGUAUUAUUGUCAAUGCCACAUGUAAUUGAAAUCCAUUACUUUAUGAUUUUUUGUAUUCUACAUCUUGCCAUAAGUUACAGGUAUAACUCUGUCUCAAAGUCCUUCUAGUCAAAAGUCUGGUCAUUUUGUACUUGUAACAUUUUUGCUCUUGGUGUGAAUUACCAUAUAUGUCUUCUUCAUUAUUUAAUGAUUCUGUGUAUAUAUGUUUACAUUUUGUCAUUUAUUGAAUUAAUAAAUGACAGUUUUAAUCACCUUCA